GGAAUAGUAUGGAUGCCAGUGGUCCUCAUAUAUUCUUUACUUUAGUUUUCUUCUGUUCUUGACUUUCAUCCCUUUGUUCCAUCUUCUUCACUUAUCUUCUGCAUGAGUCACUGCCCAAAUUCAUUUACCACCAGAGGAAUGGAAACAAGUAAAUCAGAUGGAAAAAGAAGCAUAGAUGAAACUGUGCUGGCAGAAGAAGAUGAUGAAGAUGUUGAAGAAGAGAACAGAAAGAGGAGAGCAUUGAGUCAGUCCGGAAGCAAGCUGUCCAGUGGAGUGGCGGCGCAGCUGUUCUGUCAGGUGGAUGACUGCGGGGCGGACAUGAAAAAUGCAAAGCCGUACCACCGUCGCCAUAAGGCCUGUGAGAUUCAUGCAAAGGCUCCAUCAGUACUUAUCAAUGGAGUCCAUCAGCGCUUCUGUCAGCAAUGCAGCAGGUUUGACUUCUUCAUGGUCUACACACAUUCAGGUUUCAUGAAUUAGAGCAGUUUGACAAUGCUAAGAGGAGUUGCAGGAGACGUUUGGCAGGUCAUAAUGAGCGCCGGCGUAGAGUUACAUAUGAUUCUCAUGGAGAAGGGUCAAGCUGAAGAUGUAUAGUACCAACUGGAGACAAACAACUGCCUAGUUUGUACUCAUAAGAAGAUUAUAAUAACAUGUAGAGCACAUAGAUUAACAGUAUAAUUUCUUGAAUGCUCUCAAUCUUCUGUCAAUUUCUUGAGUUACAGAUUGUUUCCUUUAUAUCUGGUUUGCUAAUUCAAUCAUCCCCUCAUCCAAUCUCCUAAUAGGAAUUUGAAGAAGAAUAUAAAUAUUUGGAAAAAGUUUACUCCUUCC